AUGUAUGAAUCUCCGAAAGCCAUAGCGAAACCAUUUCUCAUAGACUUGAUAGUUUCACAUAGUCUGAGUAGCUACGCCCGCUGGCCAGUGACGUGCAUUAUAGCCGACGGUAUUCUGAGUCUAGUAAUUGAAGUUGGUGAAAAAAUUGGUAUUCCAGUCAUAUUUUUCCGUACGGUGAGCGCUUGCUCGUUUUGGGCUUAUUUUUGCAUCCCCGAACUCAUUGAAGCCGGCGAGCUUCCUUUCAAUGGAGACAAUAUGGAUGAAGGAAUAGCGAAUGUGAAGGGCAUGGAAGGCUUUCUCCGGCGGCGUGAUCUACCGAGCUUUUGCCGCGUCAGCGACUUGGAAUCCGAUGACUUCAAGAUGGUUCUUACUGAAACCAGGCGAACCCCCCGAGCCCAAGCUCUCAUACUCAACACGUUUGAAGACCUUGAAGGAUCAAUUCUCUCUCACAUCCGUUCUGUUUGUCCAAAACUCUACACCAUCGGGCCACUCCAUGCUCAACUGAAGACCAGCCUCGCCAGAAAAACAACUUCCUCCUCGACCUCUUCGAACAGUUUGUGGGAGGAAGAUAGGAGCUGCGUUAGGUGGCUUGACGAGCAGCCCAUGAAAUCUGUGCUCUAUGUGAGCUUCGGAAGCAUAGCGGUGGUGACAAGAGACCAGCUCUUGGAGUUCUGGCACGGUUUGGUGAAUAGUGGGAAGCGAUUCUUGUGGGUCAUGCGGCCAGACUCCGUU